AGCCAAGCUCAACCCAAACGACAUCAACCAGUAUUUAAAAUCAAAUGGCGAAAUCACUGAGAUCCAAGAGCAAGCGUGCAUUCAGGGCGACAAAAAGGACGUCGACUUCCUCGGAUUACCAGAAGACUGAGGCGGAACGAUUGCAAAGACUAUCGAAAAAGCUCACUGGAAGUUCUGCAGAAGGCACUGAGCAAGCCCCAGACCAAGAGAUGCAAAUCGCCCAAGGCGCGGAAAACCCAGACGAUUCUGCCUCCAAGCCGGCUCCCAAGGUCACUACGCAUGGACCUCGAAUGAGUGGACGAGAGGUCUGGAAAGCGUCCAAACGAGGUAUCCAACUUCGACGCGCACCUAGUACGACGGUAUGGCAUCAACGUUCAACUGGGAAACCACAAAGGCGGAGAUAGCUCAGUUUCCUUGUCGACUGCAUAUCCAUUCAUACUUUUCCUUUUCUCUCAUCGUGUAGGAUUUUCUGAAACAUAACAAAAAUAAUUAUAAACCAUACCGCUUAAGAUCUGCUGUUCGAAAAUUAAGUCCUUCAUCGAUGUGCAGCCCCAUUGAACUUGCAAUGCGAAUUUCGGAGAGUUUUCUUGUUUGUUUGCAGCUCAG